AUGCAAGCCGUUUCGCCAGCGUUCUCUUGCAAUCUCAAAUCGGUAGUUCAACCGAAUCUAACGGCUAAAAACGCUCGUUUCUCUCACGCAAAUGGAAAGCGCGUGACUGUUAGUUGCAGCUACAGGUCUGAUUCGUUUAGCUUCCCCAACGGUGUUGGCUCGAGCCGAGCCGAUUGGCAAAGCUCAUGCGCCAUCUUAGCUAGCAAAGUAGCUUCGGCUGAGAAUUCCAGCUCCAUCACCGGCGGUUUAGCCGAUCAAGUCGCUGCCGUUAACGGACACAGUAACGGCUCCGUCGAUCUAAGCAUCGUUCCUUCUUCGGAGACGAGAAACGGGAAGCAGGGAUUGGUUCAGCCGUUGACGAUUACAGAUCUCUCGCCGGCGCCGUCGCACGGAUCUACACUCCGUGUGGCCUACCAAGGAGUUCCCGGCGCGUAUUCCGAAGCUGCCGCCGGAAAAGCUUACCCGAAUUCUGAAGCCAUUCCGUGUGACCAAUUCGACGUUGCAUUUCAGGCCGUGGAGCUCUGGAUCGCCGAUCGUGCUGUCCUCCCUGUUGAGAAUUCUCUCGGUGGUUCGAUUCACAGAAAUUACGAUCUCCUCCUCCGUCACCGUCUCCACAUCGUCGGCGAGGUUCAGAUCCCGGUCCACCACUGCCUCCUUGCUCUCCCCGGAGUCCGUACAGAUUGCAUCACUCGCGUGAUUUCCCAUCCCCAGGCGCUGGCUCAGGCGGAGGGAUCGCUCAACAAACUCACUCCCAGAGCCGCGAUCGAAGCGUUUCACGACACCGCCGCAGCCGCAGAAUACAUCGCCACGCACAACCUCCACGACACGGCGGCUGUAGCCAGCGCAAGAGCAGCCGAGCUCUACGGACUCCAGAUUCUCGCCGACGGGAUCCAAGACGACGCAGGGAACGUCACGCGAUUCCUGAUGCUUGCGCGUGAUCCGAUCAUCCCUCGAACGGAUCGUCCCUUCAAAACCAGCAUCGUCUUCGCAGCUCAGGAACACAAAGGAACCAGCGUCCUCUUCAAAGUGCUCUCCGCGUUUGCGUUUCGAAACAUCAGCCUGACGAAAAUCGAAUCGCGGCCGCACCAAAACUGCCCGGUCAGAGUCGUUGGCGACGGAAGCGUCGGGACGUCUAAGCACUUCGAGUACACAUUCUACGUUGAUUUCGAAGCCUCGAUGGCGGAGGCGCGUGCCCAAAACGCGCUCGCGGAGGUUCAGGAGUACACGUCAUUCCUCAGGGUGCUGGGAAGUUACCCAAUGGAUAUGACGCCAUGGUCCACGUUGCCUAGCGAAGACGUAUGA